CAGCUUCCACGACGGUUGCGUGGGAAACGACUGAAACGAGACAAGACGAGGCGAAGCUCCUCUGCGACAUUCACCGUUCAGCGUUCGGCCAGCGUGCACGUGGGUUUCCACCAGCCAGAAACCCUAAUAAAUUCGGUUACGGAAACGGCCCCACGGCUUCAUCCUCCACAGCAGACGAAUGCAAAAUUGAUUGCAGCUCAUCAGCAGACUGCCAGCAGCAGCAGCGACAACAUUAGUAACAGCAUGCGAAGGAGAAAGAAAAGUGAAAUGAAAGAGAAAGCGAAAGCGAGAGAGAACCAAAGUGGACUCUAGGCAUGGGCCAAGCCAGCUGCGGGCCACAGCCCCCACCUUCAGCCAAAUGUUGUCAGUGUUGUGCCAGUGUCCAAUUCGUGAUUGCAUAAUGAGACGCCGCUAAAAGUCAAAGUCCAAAAAGCGAGAGAGGGCGAGAAAGAGAAGAGAAGUAGAAGUAAGAAAAAGUGCCAAGUGUUUCAAAAUAAAAAAUAUAACAAAAAAAUAAUAAAAACCAGCAAGCAAUAUUUCAACUAGCCACAAAACCCCCAAAAGAAAACCGAAAGAAAACCAAGUGAGAGCGAGCGAGUGUGUGUGUGUGUGUGUGUGUGUGUGUGCAGGAAUGCCCUUCGGUCGCAAGUCCCCGCUGGAGGCUCUGGCCCUCCCCGGUGUGAUGCUCGCCUACAAGUACAGCCAGUUCCGGCAGCGACGCCGCGAGGCGGCCAGCCGUCGGGUCACCGAACGCGAACUCUCGGCGCUGCAUCAUAAAAUCGACAAAUUGCUGAGCAAGUUGGAGGAGGAAAGCGAACCGGAUCCACCCACGUCGCAGGAGGAUGAGUGUGUGAUUUGCAUCAAUGCCCGGGCCACCAUGCAGACCUCGCCCUGCGGCCACCGUGUCGUCUGUCGUCGCUGCUUCGUGAAGACCAUUCAGAGCGCGGUGGCCCAGCGGCUGCUGCCGCUGCGCUGCGUGAUCUGCAGAGCGAGGGUGAACCGGCUGACCUCCUCCUCGGGCACGUGGCGCAUACAGGAGUCGGCCAGCAGCUACUCGAUGGGCGCCAAGAGCUGGGCCUCGGCGGGCGUGGCCGCUGGCGGGGUGGUGGCCUCCGCUAGCUCCUAUUCCAUGAACGAUGCGCACAGCGGACACCACACGUUCCACCAUCAGCCGACGCUGCACAAGGCGGCGACAGUGGGGCGACACCAUCAGGGCCAGGUGCGUGGCACACGCGGCCGUGUGGUGUCCCAGUCGGAUAGCCUCUACUCGAUGAGCUCGACGGGAUCGGCGGGUUCCUCGCUCUCCGGAUACUCGCACUACUCCAAGACGUCUUCCAUAUCGAGCAGCGGCCCCUGCUCCCCAGCCUCGGCAGCGGCCUCCAGCUCCCAUCAUCUGGCACCGCCCUCGCCCGCCACCCACCACCACCAUCAUCAUCAUCAGCACAGAGAUGCGCAGCAGGCGUCCACAUCCCCCACGCCCUCGGGCUCCUCGGGCAGCUCCCUCUCCCCGCGCGACACUGCAAGUCACUCGCAUCAUGGCGGCUGCCCCAGCGGCUGCUCGGGCGCCGUGCCACGCAAGCCGCUGAGCCAAACGCUGAGCAACAGCACCACAUCCACAUCCGCAUCCGCAUCCUCAUCGAGCGGCAGCGGGAGCAGUGGGGGCAGCGGUGGCAGUGGCAGCAUGACACCCAUGCACACAUAUCCGGGUCGGAGGCAUGUGAAGAACCGUCUGCUGGACAUACAGAACCGCCUGCCGCCCAUCAAGGAGUUUCGCAGUCCGGCCAAGGUGCCACAUCCCUCGCCGGUGCACGUCAGCAAUCCCAGGUUUCGCUAUGCCUCCUACACAAAGUCCAGCACCCACGAGCUGGCCCCACUGCUGCGGGAGGGCGGCUCACCGCCUGCACCACGUCGUCCCAGCCCCAUGAACAUUCAGCUGAGUUGCACCACCCUGGCACCGCCACCCCUCAAGGCGGGUGGCGCCAAGAUAUGCCCCCUGACCGCGAAGAAUGCGCUGCCCAAGAGCGCCUACGUGAUGCCCAAGGACAAGAAGCUGCCAGCCACGCCAGCAGCUGGCAAGGCUGGUGGUGCUGCAGCUGCUGCUGGGCCACCAAAGCCAGCGACUCCCAGCACCUCCAAAGCUGGGACCCCUUCGCUGGAUGGAGGGACAGCCGCCUCCAAGUCUCAAGUUUCUUCGAGCUCUUCCAGUCGCAGCUUUCCGCUCUUCGCCGCCGGCAGCAACCAGAGGGAAAGGGCUGACAAUAAAAAGAACGAGUCCGUGGAGCGCAAGAAGAAGGAGGAGAAGCUCAAGCUGAAGGCAGAGAAGGAGGCCAGGAAGGAGGAGAAGCGACUGGCCAAGGAGGAGGAACGUUUGGCCAAGCUGCACGCCAAGGAGGAGAAGAAGCGCGGCAAGAAGGAGGCCAAGGAGCUGCUCCUGGCCAACGACAUCAAGAAGUGAAGCCCAAAGUGUUUGGCAAAAGAACAAACGCAUAUUUCCAGUUGCAAUUCUAGACUUAAGCCCAUCAACCGAAUGAGUUAAAUAUAGUUUAGGAUAUCAAAUCA